UAGUCACGUGUGAGGCCACGUUCGUCGCGUUCUCUCUCGACUCCUGCCUGCCGCCCGCAGAUCGCAUCACAUUAAAUCUCCUUUGGAACCCUCAGUUUCUUAGCAAAGAGAAAAACAAGAUUGAAGCGAGCUCGACAAUGGCGGUUGGGGUUCCGAUUUGGUUUUCUCUCCUGGUUUUGACGGCGGUCGCUUCGUCCCUCGCUCAGAUCUCGGCGGAGGAGACGGAAUCGAAGGAGUUUGUGUUGACUUUGGAUAACUCAAACUUCUCCGAUACUGUCAGCAAGCACAAGUUCAUCGUCGUCGAGUUCUACGCUCCUUGGUGUGGACACUGUAAGAAGCUUGCUCCAGAGUAUGAGAAAGCUGCAUCUAUAUUGAGCAGUCAUGAUCCUCCAAUUGUUCUUGCCAAAGUGGAUGCUAAUGAAGAAGCAAACAAAGAGCUUGCAAAUCAGCAUGAGGUUAGGGGUUACCCGACUGUCAAAAUUUUAAGAAAUGAAGGAAAGGUUAUUCAAGAAUACAAAGGUCCUCGUGAUGCUGAUGGUAUUGUGGAUUAUUUAAAGAAACAAAGUGGCCCUGCUUCUGCAGAGAUAAAAUCUGCAGAAGAUGCUAGCAGUCUUAUCGAGGACAAGAAGAUUGUUAUUGUCGGGGUGUUCCCAAAAUUCUCUGGAGAGGAGUUCGAGAACUAUAUUGCUUUUGCUGAGAAAUUGAGAUCAGACUAUGAAUUUGGUCAUACAUUGAAUGCUAAACACCUCCCACGUGGAGAGUCGUCAGUUAGUGGCCCCUUAGUUAGGCUGUUCAAGCCUUUUGAUGAACUCUUUGUUGACUCUCAGGAUUUUAAUGUGGAAGCUUUGGAGAAGUUUGUUCAAGAAUCUAGCGUCCCACUUGUAACUGUCUUUAACAAUGACCCAAGCAACCACCCAUUCGUUGUCAAAUUCUUUAAUACUCCUGAUGCAAAGGCAAUGCUUUUCAUGAACUUCAGCAGUGAAGCUGCUGAUUCCUUUAAAUCAAAAUAUCGUGAAGUUGCUGAGAAAUAUAGAGGAACUGGGAUCAGUUUUCUGUUGGGAGAUGUUGAGGCUAGUCAAAAUGCCUUUGAGUAUUUUGGACUCCAAGACAGCCAAGCCCCUCUAGUCAUCAUUCAGACUAAUGAUGGAAAGAAGUAUUUGAAUGCCAAUCUGGAGAGUGAUCAUAUUGCACCAUGGAUGCAGGAUUUCAAGGAAGGAAAAGUUCGGCCAUUCAUUAAAUCUGAGGUUAUCCCUGCAGAGAAUAAUGAGCCUGUGAAAGUGGUUGUUGCUGACAGCCUUGAGGACAUGGUCCUCAACUCCAAAAAGAAUGUUUUGCUUGAGUUUUAUGCCCCUUGGUGUGGACAUUGCAAAAAAUUGGCUCCAAUCUUGGAUGAAGUUGCCGUUCACUAUGAAAAAGAAGCUGAUGUUGUGAUUGCUAAAUUUGAUGCAACUGCAAAUGAUAUCACAAAUGACUCCUUCAAUGUUCAGGGUUUUCCCACAGUUUACUUCAGGUCAGCAAGUGGAAAGAUAUCCUCAUAUGAAGGAGGUAGAACCAAAGAAGACAUAAUUGACUUCAUUGAAAAGAACAGAGACAAAGCUGCCCAUCAAGAAUCAGAAUCACCAAAAGAUGAGCUCUAAGGGACUUAGUGUUCUCACCCUCCAGAACGCACACGUAAAUGCUAUGUGCAUGGAAGUUACACACAAGACCCACAAUUGCCUCCCUCUUAAGAUUACCUAGGCUUUUUGUUUAGUUUUCCAUAAUAAACCGGGAGGCAUUUUGUCAACUGUAGUUUAACUUUUGGUUCAUGGUUGUAUCAGUUUCUCGGCUGUAGUAAUGUUUCAGCAAUUUAAAUAUAGAAAUUUCUGAUUGAGUUACAUGUCUCGUGAUUGGGUUUUUUUUUUUUUUUAAUAUUGGAUUGCACAAUAGAAAAUAACUUUCUUU